AUGUCCGUUUUUGAGCAACUACGCCCAUUCGUAAGCCUUUGCCAAGCUUGUGGCAUGAUCCCUUUUACUGUCGAACAAAAUCAGAUUACUAACAAAUUUGAGAAAUUUACUUUUUCUUUUCGACAUCUCACUACCUGGUGGUUUUUCCUAGUGAUGGUUAUGGAAACUGUAGUUAUGGGCGUGAUGGGAUACGUCUCUCUCACUCAAUCACUCGAUUUACUAAUGGUCCAAAAUUUGCCCAUCACUGUAAUUAUCCUUCUAUUAGGGAUUGCAAUCUCUUAUGCCAUUCAAAUAAUCUUGUCCCGUUGGAUCGUGUUACACUACCGCCAACUAGGAAAUGUGGUCAAAGUCAUCCAAGAAGUUGAGAAACUUUUUGGGGAGAAAUUUAUUUCGCGACACCCGAGCUCCGUUACGUCACGAUUUGUCAUCGGCUUUAUUCUUGUCAUUACAUCGGCUGUAUGUGCUUUGAUUCUUUCUUCUCCGGUUCACCGACAGUUUUCAAGUUUGAUAUACGUCUACAUCUCUUCUUCAACUGCUAUAUUUUUUGCUAUAGCAUUAGUCUACGCCUUAUUUGAAUGCACAUUCUUUUUCUUUUAUAUGUGUUAUUACAUAAUCGCUUAUUAUGUUCAACUUCUAAUAAUACGCUCAGAUGUGGAAGCUAUUGCUGAAAAACAAACAACAUCGCGCAAGACGAAGGAGAGUGUAGGAAUGCUAAAAGAAAACAUCCUGAUUUUGAAUUACCUUUGUGAGGCCUCACAGCAAUUAAAUGGAAUUUUCUCCGUCCCUGUUUUAGUUUUGUUGACAACAAAAUUCAUCUCGGUCGUCACCUCUGCCUUCACAUACAUUUUCAACUAUUUUAUUCAUUCAAACGUUGUCUUGGAUAGUUACAGUUGGUGGUUUCUUUUCACGUUUUUCACUGAUUGGAUCAAAAUUUUGAUCCUUCUUACCGCUGCUGACAUGCCCGCUAACCAGGUUCGUCUUCUCCGCGAAAAGAUUACCGUAAUAUCUUCAUCCGAAUUGUCUCAAUCAUUGGCCGAAAAAAUUGCGUUAAUGACUUCCCUGGUGCAGAUUGACGAAAAUCGUGUCCGAUUGUCAGCUGCUGGACUGUUUAAGGUGGGGAUGCACCUUGUUCCGGCUUUGGCAGGUGCUGUAGUGACGUACAUGGUUAUCCUCCUUCAAAAUUAGAUCACCCUGUCAGAACGGUUGAGAAAAGGAAAAGUAUCCACAUCAAAAUCCAUGGAAUUUGAAAAAUAUAUCUAUCUGAGCAAUUACGUAACUGUCCCCGUUUUUGUCCCCGUUUUGGGACAAAAAACAAAACAAAUAAAGAAUUUUAGCCCAUCUAAUAAAAUAUUACUAGAUUACAUUUUUUUGUUGUAGUUAUUAAAAUUAUUUUUGUAUGAGCACCAUACAUUUACAGUUCUACGUUCUAAACUAUUUUACCUUAAAGGAAGUAAGAUAAGAGUACCGAACUGGUCAACAUAACACCAAAGACAAGUUAACAGUAACUAGUUAAAUCUUGUUUUCUCUUUGCGUGAGCGUGUGGGCUGGUCGGCGCUGGUCACAAGACUCAUUUCGUCACACAAUCAACCCCUCAAUUUCAGAGAAGUCUGUGCUGUGCCCUUCAAUAUGGUUCAGUUCAAUUGGGUUUUCGUUUGAGUCGUGAUAGCACACACUUCCGAGAAUUUAUUAAAUUUUGAAAAUCGAUUUUUGAUUAAUAACUAAAGAUAUUCAUGGAAUCCCGGAGGAAUUCCAAUUCCAGUACUGCCUUCGUUGUAAUCGUAAUAGUGAUAAUUGUGAUUCUUGUCAUAACGGCUGGCCUUAAAAAUUCGGCCCGUCCAUGGCGAAUUAAACGGGCGAAUCUGACGUCUUCGUCGCACCAGAGAGGGCGAUCGUCUCCCAUUUUGGUUUCAUCAAUCAAAAUAGCCUCUACUCGCAACAAUAAGACGGCUGCCGCUUUGCAGUCACUCAACAAAGUGAAACCUAAAUGGAACCCCAACAACCCGAGGCCGCAUGGAAUGCAACGGCGUCCAAUAUCGACGCAAAACACAAAGAACAAAACGUUGAAGGCAAUCGAUGCGAUCGAGCGUUCAUACUUGAACAAGAGCCGUGCAUCGCCACUGCCAAGAAAUACAGGUUGAUUUGACAUUAUUUAGAGAGAUUUCAGUUUCCGCAAUUACUCAUCUUUGACUUAUUUGGAUUCCAAAAUACAUUCAUAACAGUUCGACAAUGUAUAAGACGUUGAUUCGUGCUUGUAUUUCUACUACAGUACACUAUUUCAAUUUCACACUUCA